CGCAUUGUCAUGAAGGUUCGUACUCGUGCCCCUGCCAAAAGAAGAUACCAAUAGCAAGUUAGCUUGUCAGCUGGGCUAGCUAACUACCGCUUGUAGCCUACAAAAAGAUUGAACCAAGCGGUUCAUGACAUUACAGCGCUGUCCGCCAUGUCCAGACUACAUCACCUGUAUGGCCUGUUGAGGUACCUGAUGAUGCUACUCAGUGGCACCAUAUUUGUGAGUGGCCUUGUGCUGUUUGGCCUAGGCGUGUGGAUUAGGUACGGGGCGGCCACCUUUGUCCAGGUGAUGGGCUCUUUCUCGGCACAGCUGGUGACCAUUAGCUAUGUGUGUAUGUGCCUGGGGGCCAUCCUGUCUCUGCUGGGGUUCAUUGGCUGCUACGGGGCCUGGAGCGAGAACCGCUGCCUCAUCAUGCUGUAUUUCUUCAUCCUGUCUAUGAUGUUUGCAGCUGAGGUUACUGGGGUUAUUUUCAUCUUGGUGUACAAAGAUCUGGUGGAGGUUAUGAUUCGUGGAGCCAGUAAGGACUCUUUACGGAUGUCUUAUAUGGGACCAACGGCUGCAGACCCCAUAUCAACAGCCUGGAACACCAUCAUGGUCCAUUACAAGUGCUGUGGCUUUGACAACUCCACGGCUGACUUCACGAACUCCGUGUUCAGUGCUAACACUGGCCUGUUGUACCCCAAGACGUGCUGUGUUGACCUGACGAGCACCGCCUGCGACGGCCUCGACACCACCCAGGGCCUGAUACACCCAAAGAGCUGCAUUACCAAACUGAUCAAUGUGAUCCAGGACCAGAGCGUCAUCUUUGGCUCCACCGCUUCUGGCAUCUGUGUCAUGGAGUUGGCGUCCAUGAUGGUGUCAGUAGUGUUGUUCGUCAGACUAGGAAACACCUAUUAUUAGACCAGCAGCAACACAGAGAACAGAGCCUGACCCAGGCAUGGUAGGCCAACCAGACCAGAGACAACACCAUAAUAAAUGGGACUUGCAGAUGAAGCCUCCUUGUCA